CGUGGAGGCGCGGCGGGGAUCGGCGCGCGGCAACGCGGCGCUCGUGGCAGUCCGGAUUCAAGUCAGUCGCUGCUCUUUGCUCUGGGUCUCUGGCCCCUAGACGCCUCUUCCCGGGGCGCCUGUCUCUCUAUGGAUUCACUUAAGACUGGACAGAUGCUGAGCUUGCCCGCCGAGCUCGGCGGCAACAACUUAGAACAGGCGGAGCCGGCGGCAUCCGCGGCCCGCGGCGACAUGGGCCCCCAGCCCGAGGCGGCUACAGAAGGCUCCGCACCUUUAGCCACUCGGGAGCCGGAGCCGGGGCCGGAGGAGCAGCCUCCGAGUCCCUCGACGCCCGAGUGCAAAGUCCUGCUCCAGCAGGCUGACGCCCUGGCGUCUGGGGGACGCCUCCGGGAAGCCUUCGAGGUGUACAGACAGCUCUCCGAGCGGCAGCAGCUGGUGGCCGAGCAGCUGGAACAACUGGUACGCUGCCUGGCCCAGAACGUCCCGCAAGGCGAGGCGCUGCCGCCGGUGCCCCCGGACAGGAGCGGUGCGGCGAGCCGUGAGGCGGCGGCGGAAGAGGCAGGGGCGCCAACGGCCGCCACGGCCACCGAGGUGUGGGACGGCUUCAAGUGCCGGAAGUGCCAUGGGUUUCUGUCAGACCCCGUGUCCUUGUCGUGCGGCCACACCUUCUGUAAACUGUGCCUGGAACGCGGCCGGGCAGCCGACCGGCGCUGCGCCCUGUGCGGGGUCAAGCUCUCGGCGUUGAUGGUGGCCGCCGGGAGGGCGCGCGCGGUCCUGCGAGUCGGGCAGCAGGCGGCGGCGGCCACGCCACUGCCGCCGCCGCCCCCGCCGCCGCCGCCGCUGCGGGUCAACGUGGUGCUCAGCGGCCUCCUGGGCAAGUUGUUCCCCGGCCCCGCACGGGCGUCGCAACUCCGGCACGAGGGCAACCGGCUGUACCGCGAGCGCCAGGUGGAGGCGGCGUUGCUCAAGUACAACGAGGCGGUUCGCCUAG